AUGGAACAUAACCAUCUUAUAAAAAAACGAACUGAUCGAUCUUUGUCAAAACUGAAUCAAGAACAAGAAGAAUUUGCUAAAGAGAUGCUAGAAAUCAGAGCUGAUCCUGUACUCCUGGUUGAAUGCAUGAAUCAAAGAUUCAGCAUAGACAUAUCUCUGGAAGAUAUUCGUUACUUACUGACACCUAACGAAGUGGAUAGUUUCAAACACAUUCCGGGUGGUUUUCUUGAAAUUUUACGCGAGAAUGGAUUUGCCAAGUACGUCUUGAACGAAACGGGACACUACCAGUUUUUGUCAUUCACAAGUUCCUCCCUUCAACAGUUCUACUUGGGCCAUCCCGAAGUUCUUUCAAUGGGAUAUGCGCCUAAUUUCACUGCCUGUGGAUACCUGCUACUAAUAGUUGUUGGCAUCGACAAAUACCUUUCAAGUCAACCGAUUUACUUUGCAUUUAUUAAUGAUGAAAGUCUAGAAUCGCUACGACUCGCUGUCCGGGCCUUUAAAAAGCUCAUGCCAGUUUAUGCCGUUUCGCGAACUGUCACUAUCACAGUCGAUAAGCCGGGUAAUCUGUCAACUGUCAUCGCGGAGGAGCUAAGUCAUGUCACCCCGAUCUUUUGCCAGUGGUAUUUAAUGCAGUCAAUCAAGGCAAAGUUGUUGAUGGUGCCCAAACGUCAGAGGUCUUAUCUGUCGGAUCUUUUUACCCACCUCAUGAAUGCUACAACGGAGCAGGACUACCAACAUUCGAAGGAGGUCCUUCAGAUGUAUUCUCCGGAAUUCUACGAUUAUUUCCUUACUCACUGGGAUUGUUGCACUCCUUCUUGGGCUAACUUCCAGCUGAGCAGGCGGCUAACUUUUGGCUCAAAAACUAACAACCGAUUGAGAGGAGCCAUCAACUCCUACCGACUGAUCUUGGAUUCUCUUGACACAGCUGAUAGUCUCGCUAACAAUUUACUUGAGCACUCUCAUCAGAAGUCGCAAUCCAGGGCUCGUGAUGAUCUCAGCACUAUUGUUUGCACUCGCGUUUGGCGUGACCAGUCAACAGAACAUGUGGUUUUGGGCGUGCCCAUGUGUGUUAUACGUGCUAAUGAGGUGUUUGGUGUGGCCGACGGUGUUCUACCGCAAGUUUUAAUGGAGACGUAUAUGACUGUGCUAUGA